AUGGAGGUGGAAGUGGUGGGUGAAGAUGGUUCCAAAUUCGCACUGGUAAAUGAUGAGAAAACUGUGUUUGGACGGGGUUGUGGAUUCAGCACCUGCGACCGUACAGUUUCUCGUCGCCACGUGUCCUUUCAACUCCACCACUCAGAUGCGGAGGUUGCUGAUGACAAUGCUAGGGUUAGGUUCGAAGUGACGGGGAAGAACCCCUUUUGGGUGUACGACGGAAAAGAGCUUCGGUUUUUCAGGAAGUUCGAGAAGGGUCACUUGCAACCUGGAGACCGUUUCUGCUUCUCUCCCAACACACCCUUCUGGUACUCCUUCACUCUCAGCAACAAGCAACCUCAGCUUAACCUUGACGAAAUUCACAUUUCGGAAAUUGAUCCCGUUAAAGAGUUUGGUUUUCUUGUGAUGGGGCACGAGUUUGAUAACUAUCCCAAGGGGGUGAUCCGGAAUGCAAAGAAUUGGGAGUGGUUCCUCGAGGAACCUAGAAAGGAUAGUGAGGAUGAGGAAGAUAGUGAGAAGGAGAGGAGGAAAAUGAGGGGAAAGAGAAAAAUGGGUAAGGGCAAUGAAGAUGAUGAGUGGACUGGUGAAAGUGAAGAUGAUAAGAAAACUGUUGUCAAUAUGCGCAAAGGGAAGCCGCCCAGAUACUCCACAAGGUCAAAAGAUAGUAAAGGAGGUACCAAAGAUACCAAAGCUAGUCAAAAUUCUAAAGCUAAGAAAACAGCUUGUGUUGAUGAAACUGUUGAAGAAGAUGAUGAUGAGACACUAGGAGGCUUCAUUGUUGCUGAGAAAGAUGAUGAUGGUGAUGAUAAGGAGGAAGAUAGUGAUGAAGAAGAGGAAGAUUUUGAAGAUGAUGACCUGGAUGAUUAA